GUUUAAAUCUGAAGAGUCAUUCAAGAGUCAUACAUUACAUAAAAGAGAAGUAAAAAAUUUAAAACCUUCAGCAAAAAUCAUGUUCGAUCCGGAUGCACACCUUGAUUUCCUAAAGUUGGAAGAUAACGACAAAGAAAAGGGAGCCUACAAAUCUAAUGUUGGCUUUUACGCUAAAGACUCGACAACGUCAUCGCAGCAUCUCGAAGGGAAAAGAUCUGACGGCGAAUGUUCGACUUCAAGCUCGUGCAGCUCAACUUCUAGUCGCCACUCGACUAAUAAAAAUAGUUUUAUAGUCUCUUCGUCGUCUGAGGAAGAAGAACUUCCUUCGGAUAUAAGUUAUGAAGAAGACGAUCAAGAGCCAAAUGAAACUAAAGCAGAUAGAGACUCUAAGUCAAAAUCUAACUCGGUAGAGGUUCGAGAAAUCGGCUCUUUGGAUACAAGUGAUAAAAAAGGCAACCAAGAGCCAAAUGAAACUAAAGCAGGUAGUGACUGUAAACCAAAUUCUAACUCGGUAGAGGGUGAAGAAAUCGGCUCUUUAGAUGAAACUAAUGCAGGAGACCAAUCAAAAUAUCAACUUAGCGUUGAAUUUAAAGCAACUUUACCAUCCAUAGGCAAUCUAAUUGAGGGACAUUCUCAAUUUUUGCGUAUGCCCAUUUUUAUACCUAUUGAACCGAUAGCCUAUAAUGACAAGACCUAUACCAGUGACAUGUCUGCAGAGGACCUGAAGAGCGAACAGUCCCGUGAGAAUUUCGUUAGUCGCCUUAAGACCACCGUACGUUGGCGUGAGAAUCAAAACGAUCUGGGAAAACUGUGCAAAGAGUCGAACGCCCGUAUAGUGCGUUGGUCAGACGGCAGCGAAACCUUUCACGUUGGUGCCGAAGUCUUUGAUAUAAUGCAUCAUCCUGUGCCCGAUGAUCAGAAUCAACUGUACGUACGACUCGAUGAUUUUUAUCAGGUUCAGACAUCGAUAAAGGACAAAAUGACUUUACGUCCCAAAUUGGAUUCAUCCUUUGGACAAAGCCAUGUACAGGGACUCAGAAAUCGCGCAAUGAACAAACCUCAAACCGGUUGCGUUAAGGUGCUCAUGGAUAUGGGUAUUAAUCCAAUACUAGAUCGUGAACGUAAGAUCAAAGAAGAACUAGCCCAAAUGAAGAAAGAGGAUCGAGAUAAGCGUCGCAUGCAACAAUUGAAUCUGAAACCUCGCAUUAAGCCAAUGCGUCAUUGUACAGCUGAUGAUUCGGAUCUAGAUGAUAUAGAUGAAGAAGAGAAUGCAUCGGCAAUUGCAAUGCCAAUGAGUAGUACCAGUCAAGCUACUACUUCCGGUAUACGUACCAAUCGAAAUGCUGCAUCAAAACCGGAAUUUGAAGAAACAGAUUCAGACGACAAGAAUACAGAAACUGAAGACGAAGAGGAUGAUGAUGAUGACACUGAAGAUGAGGACGACGAUGACGACAAUGAGGAGGAGAACGACGACGACGAUGAGAGCGAUAUUAUGGACAUUAUCAAUGACGGCGAUCCCGGCUAUGAAGAGGAGGUUGAUACUGAUGACAGUCGCUCUAACGAAAAAAAACAGUCAAAAGUGCAGAAGAAAAAGAAGAAUGAAGCUUCGGAAACUGAUUCCGAUGACUCUGAAGUGGGUAUGAGCACAAAACGCAAACCAAAACUAUUCUUUUACUCCGACUCUGAUGAAUAGAAUUGAAACAAUUCCAAUAAACAUAAUGCAAUUUGCUGCACAUCGUUGAA